GGAAAACAACCCAAAAUCCACUUUCUCCCUCUCUGUCUCUCACAUCUCAUUGGCUAUUGCAUGGAUGUUAAUCGUUAGAGAGAGAAAAAAAUCGUCGACCCUGAGAUCUAGGGUUUGUAUAUCUCUCUCUAUCUCUUCUCAAUCCAUUUUUACAAUUUUCAGAACUUCAAUUCAACCCAGAAGACCGAUUUCACGAUUUAUGUAAGGCUUUCUUUUACCUCGAUUAUUUCUGUGAAACUUUAAUACAAUCAUCCCUCUCAGUAUAUACGCACACACAAUUCCAAUGACUAAUUAUUCAGCUCUUCCUAAGAAUUCAUAUGUGGAGCUACAAUUACAAGAUGAUAGUUUUGGAUCUGAAAAACCUAGAUCUCACCAAAACCCAUCUUUCAAAUUGCUAUCUGUUGAUAGUGAACAUGGGUUCGUCAAUGAAGAUCAUGAUUUUGAUGACGACGACGACAUUGAAUUUGAUAAUUUAACCUUUAUUGCUGGUGGUAAUAAAUCUGGGUCUGGGAUUUAUGGUGCUGUUUUUAACCUCACCACAUCCAUGAUUGGAGCUGGCAUUAUGGCCUUACCUGCCACCAUGAAAGUUUUGGGGUUACCAUUAGGGGUUGUAUUGAUAGUUUUGAUGGGCAUUUUGUCGGAAAUUAGUGUUGAAUUGUUUGUUAGAUUUUCGGUUCAAUGUAAUGCAUCGUCGUAUGGGGUGGUGGUUCAAGCUGCAUUAGGUAGGACAGCUAGGAUUUUGUCUGACAUUUGUAUAAUUGUGAACAAUGCUGGUGUUUUGGUUGUUUAUUUGAUUAUUAUGGGUGAUGUGAUGUCGGGUUCAAAUCACCAUAUUGGGGUUUUUGAUCAAUGGUUGGGAAAUGGGUUUUGGGAUCAUAGGAAGCUGGUGAUCUUGGUUAUUGUGGUGCUUUUUCUCGCACCACUUUGUGCAUUGGAAAAGAUUGAUUCACUGAGCUUGACUUCAGCUGCUUCAGUAGCUCUUGCGGUUGUGUUUGUUUUUGUUGCUUUUGUUGUAGCAGCUAUUAAGCUUGUCGAAGGGAAAAUUGAGGCUCCAAGAAUGACUCCAGAUUUCGGGUCAAAGAAGGCAAUUUUGGAUUUGCUUGUGGUCAUUCCUAUUAUGUCAAAUGCUUAUGUAUGUCAUUUCAAUGUUCAGCCUAUUUACAAUGAGCUUGAGGGACGCUCUCCUCAGAAGAUGAACAAGGUGGGGAGGAUCACCACUGUCCUUUGUGUACUGGUUUAUACUUCGACUGCCAUAGCUGGUUAUCUACUGUUUGGAAAGGAUACUGAAACCGAUGUGCUGACUAACUUCGAUAAGGACCUUGGGAUUCGAUUCAGCACAGCUUUGAAUUAUAUUGUCCGUGUUGGGUAUAUUCUUCAUUUGGUUCUUGUUUUCCCUGUUAUCCAUUUUUCUCUAAGACAAACAGUGGAUACCUUGGUGUUUGAGGGAUCAGCUCCGCUGUCAGAAAGUAGGAAGAGGUGUCUGGCCUUGACCUUGGUACUGUUGGGACUUAUAUAUUUUGGGUCUACUAUGAUUCCAAGCAUUUGGACGGCUUUCAAGUUUACAGGGGCAACGACAGCAGUCUCACUCGGUUUCACAUUUCCAUCUCUUAUAGCUUUAAGGUUAAGUAAACAAGGGAAUAAUUUGAGCAACAGCGAGAAGUUUUUGUCCUGGAUGAUGUUGAUAUUGGCAAUCAUAGUUAGCAUUGUUGGAGUGGUCAGCAAUAUUUAUAGCAUCAAAAGCGGAUCUGAAUGACCCCAUGUGUUCCAAUACAGGAUUCUUUUGGUAGAUGCCGAUUAGGUGAAAUGAUGUAGGAUUUGUUUGAAAAUAUUUUCUGUUGGUAUGUUGGCUUGCUGCCACAAUGAUUUGGCCACACAUGAAAAUAACCGGGCACUAAGCAGGCUUACUCCAAUUUGGGUUAAUAUCUACUGGUAAAUUAUUUGCUGGUUAUGAUCGCGUCAGAAAAUGUAGAUAAAACCUCACUUUAGACAAAUAUCCGAGGCUUCUACCGUGACAAGAAUAUCUCUUACCCCAUGGACCACAUGAUGGAUUGUCAAUAAUACAGAAAGUACAAUGAGUGGGAUUGCUUGUAGAACUCAAAGUAUGACUGAUCAUAACGAGAUGUGAGAAACAGAACCUCUGGCUGCAGAAUUGAGCUAUUAGGAAAUCCUUCUAAAGCAAAAAUAGAGCCGUAUAGGAAUCACUUACUAUUUGCCCAUGACUCCAUCAUAUUGUAAGUUGUUUGUGUUACAUUUUGAUCAGGCUGAAGAAUAUCAUUUUAUGCAAUCCCUGAAUGGAGACUAUGUACCACUUUGAGAAAUCAACUUGGAUUGGAACAUGAGAUAGAUGUUGGCACUGGAAGUCUCUUUAGCAGUGACGAAUUGUCUUACCCUAUGAAACAUGAAUGUGGUUAUUGGUUAUAUGCAAUGUCUCACUGUAUUAACAUAUAAUCUUGGAAGCAAAUGCGAAAAUUUGAGUGAUUCUG